AUGUCUUCGGCGCGAUUGACGGAGGUGGAGAGCAAAAUAAACGAGGUGCGCCAGCGUCUGGCAAACCUCAGCCUGAGCUUUCAUCACGAUGAGGAGGCCGGUUGCCCGCCUGCAGUCUGCGCGAUCAACGACGCUGGGCGAAGCGCGCCGCCGUUGGUGGAGCGUGAUGCCAACACGAGCGUCACAGUAAAGAGUGCAACGCCCCCGCCAACCGGGGAUAUGAGCCGCCUGGUGGAGUUGGCGAAGCGUGAGGCGGCGCAGAGAGAGAGCUGUCAGGAUAUGCCACAGCGGCUCGGCUGCCACUGGAGUGCGACGGCCUCGUUUUUGUCAAGGGAGAAAAUGCAGGUGGGACCGCAGGGACACACGUAUUACGAUCCGACGCCGGCGGCCCCGCCAGCAGAAUUCCGCGGAAGUGCGUUGGUGUCGGCCGCGUCCUAUCAGCAGCCGUCCGCCAGACCUGUGAGGAGGGCUCCAGCCUCUUCGUCUAGUUCCCCUCAAUCGGCCCUUUCGUGCUCUGGUCAUUGCCUCACCCCGCGUGCCGCGGCAGCCCCAGCGUCGGAGUUGACUCCUGAGCGAGGUGGCGGGUUUGAUCCCUUUCAGGCCGUUCAGGCGCGGUUGCGGGAGAAGCUGCGGAGGGCGGGGGCAAGCAGGAGCCCGCUCUCCAGCACCGGGAGCGCUGCGCGGUCGCCGUCUCCAAAGCUGCAGGAGGCGCGGCAAGGUGGCCAGGCUACGCUCCUCGCAUGUGCGCCCGACGAUGCGGUGAAGGACGCGGUGCUUGGCGCGGCGCAGACGGAGUUGGGUGGUGGCGAGGAAGGGCCACAAGGGGGGACCGAGCGGCAAACGGUGGAGGCAGCCACCCCGAACGAGCGCGCGGCGGCUGAUGCCAUUUGUCGCGUGAAGCAACGGCUCGCCUCGCCAGCUCCGCAGGGGGCGGCGGCGUUGGCGCACGCCUCCCUUAACGACAAAGGGCAUCGCCAGAAGCGCGCCGCCCGUAAACCACCGACGAGGGAUGCUUCUGCACGUUCCUCCUCCCUCCUCCUCGGCGAGGGCACCGCGAAUCGCCCAUCCCAGAGGAGGUCUUUUCAGACACCGCGCCGUCCUAACGCCGUUGACUCCCGACGGGAGAGCCCGUGCCGAGGUGCCCAGCCCGCACUUCCGCUCAAAACAGUUCCACAACGAACCGUCUUAGAUGUGUUGACAGGCGCCGAGGUCUUUGCGCUCAUGCGUCUGCGCGGCAUCAUCGUGUCCCGUGGUGAAACAGGGGAGUGCGCGCUGCCAGAAACACGGUGCCACUCCGUUUACCUCUCUCCUGAUGAACACAAGCAGCUUCUUGACCUGCGCGCCAACCUCCGGCGACGCUCUUCCCCCGCCGUGAAACCAGACGAGAAGAGUCUGUCACGCGCGCAGAGGUCUGCCUCCACGAGGUCAUCGUCAAGGUCUUUGCCGGCGCGUCAAUCCUCACCUUUGUGGCGUGCCGCCCCAAACUGGUAA